UUUAAAACAAUGGCUAGUAUAUUUAGAUUUUUUUCAGUAUUUUUCAUCGUACUAUUGAUUCUUAUGCAGACAAAAGCAGACAUUCGACGAGAAUGUCGAAAACAGACUGGAGUUGCUUGGGAUCCUCUGUCUAAAUUUAAAAAUGGUGACUUUAAUGAAAAUGACCCAAAACUAAAAUGUUAUCUCAAAUGUUUUAUGCAAAAAUAUGGAAUUUUUGGAGAUGAUAGUAUUUAUAUUGAUCGUGUUUUACGAUAUUUACCAUACAGCAUGCAAAAAACUUCAAAAAAUACACUUGAAAAAUGCAAUCUAAUUCGUAAGUUUUUAUGAUGUUAUUUUUAUUUUUAUUUUUUUUCAAACUUGAAUUUAAUUAUAGUUACAUAAGCAUUUAGUAUACUUGUAACUCGUCAACUGAACAUUAAACUUUAACUUGUAGCAAGUACAGAUUCUUGUG